GCUGCUUGGACACCUUCAGAUGGGGCAAAGGGAAUGAACCAGUCGGAUCGAUGCGGGUUGCUUUUAAAAAUAACCAUCUUCGCUUCAGAGAUCCAGUGAAUCAGAACCUUGCUCGGUUCUGCCCAUAAAUUUAUAUAAACCUUUGAUUCUUCGGGUUUUACCUCUGAGACGGAAUCAGAACCGUCGCUGAAUGAGUCAGGUGAGGCGCCAACCUGCCCUGGUUCUUCUUCUGUGGUUAAAUCAUGGAGCUGGCGUACGUGUGUGAGUGGGAGAAACGCCCGAAGAGCACCCACUGCCCCUCCAUCCCACUGGUCUGCUCCUGGUCCUGCAGGAACCUGGUGGCCUUCACCACAGACCUGAAGAAUGAAGACGACGACAAAGACGUCAGUCACAUGAUCCACAUCAUUGACACCGAGCACCCCUGGGACGUGUUCUCCAUCAACUCUGGCCACAGUGAGGUCAUUUCCUGUCUGGAAUGGGACCAAUCAGGUUCUCGGCUGCUGUCGGCGGACGGCGACGGUCACAUCAGGUGCUGGUCCAUGUCUGACCACCUGGUCAACAGCUGGGAGAGCGUCCUGUCCAGCGCCGUGGACGGAGAUCCCAUCGUGGCGCUGAGCUGGCUGCACAACGGCGUCAAGCUGGCCCUGCAUGUGGAGAUGUCCGGCUCCACCAACUUCGGGGAGAAGUUUUCGCGGGUGAAGUUCUCUCCGUCUCUGACUCUGUUUGGCGGGAAGCCGAUGGAGGGCUGGAUGGCGGUGACGGUGAGCGGCCUGGUCACCGUGUCGCUGCUGAAGCCGGGCGGCGCCCUGCUGACGGCCAGCGAGAGCCUGUGCCGGCUGAGGGGGCGCGUGGCGCUGGCCGACAUCGCCUUCACCAGCGGAGGGAACAUCGUGGUGGCCGCCACCGACGGAAGCAGCUCCUCGCCGGUCCAGUUCUACAAGGUGUCGGUGAACGUGGUGAGCGAGAAGUGCCGCAUCGACACCGAGCUGCUGCCGUCGCUGUUCCUGCGAUGCACCACCGACCCCAUGAGGAGGGACAAAUACCCCGCCGUCACCCACCUCAAGUUCCUGACCCGGGAGAACUCUGAACAGGUGCUGCUGUGUGCGUCCAAUCAGAGCGGCAGCAUCAUGGAGUCCUGGACGCUGCGCAAGGAGGGACUGCCGGUCAACAACAUCUUCCAGCACCGAUCGCCCGUCGUCGGCGAGAAGCAGCCGACCAUCCUGAAGUGGAGGAUCCUGACCACCACCGGAGACCUGGAGCGCGUGUCCGCCGUGGCGCUGCCCAAGCUGCCCAUGUCCAUCUCCAACACGGACCUGAAGGUGGCGUCAGACACCAAGUUCUGCCCCGGCCUCGGUCUGGCUCUGGCCUUCCACGACGGCAGCAUCCAGAUCCUCCACCGCCUCUCCCUCCACACCAUGGGCGUCUUCUACGGCGGCGCCUCCUCCGCCCAGCGGCCCGGAGACGAGGCCGCCAUCAAGCGCCAGAGGACCCCGGGCCCCGGCCUCCACCUCAAGGCGCUGCAGUUCUCCUGGACCUCGCUGGCUCUGGCUGGAGUCGACAACCACGGCAAGCUGCACAUGCUGCGCGUGUCGCCCUCCAUGGGCCAGGUGCUGGACAUGAACACCACGCUGCGCCACCUGCUGUUCCUGCUGGAGUACUGCAUGGUGACGGGCUACGACUGGUGGGACGUGCUGCUGCACGUUCAGCCCAGCAUGGUGCACAACCUGGUGGAGAAGCUGCACGAGGAGUACAUGAGGCAGAACCAGGCGCUGCAGCAGGUCCUGGCCACGCGCAUCGUGGCCGUCAAGGCCUCGCUGUGUAAGCUGUCCACGGCGACGGCGGCGCGAGCGUGCGACUAUCACGCCAAGCUGCUGCUGAUCGCCAUCAGCUCCACGCUGAAGUCUCUGCUCAGGCCGCACGUCCUCAACACGCCCGACAAGAGCCCCGGUGACCGGCUGACGGAGAUCUGCGCCAAGAACACAGACCCAGACAUCGACAAGGUGAUGAUCAACCUGAAGACGGAGGAGUUUGUCCUGGACGGGCCGCCCCUGCAGUCCCUGCAGCAGCUCAUCCAGUGGGUGGGAGACUUUGUGCUCUACCUGCUGGCUAACCUGCCCAACCAGGGCGCGGUGGUCCGGCCCGGCUUCGGCUUCAUGAGGGACGGCGCGUCUCUGGCGCUGCUGAGGGAGAUGCUGGUGAUGAUCCGGAUCUGGGGUCUGCUGAAGCCCGGCUGCCUGCCCACCUUCACGGCCAUGUCGGACAACCAGGACAGCAUGCAGCUGCUCUUCAGGCUGCUCACCAAGCUGUGGCUCUGCUGUAAGGCCCGCUGUAGUGCAGCAUGUUGCCCCGCCCCUUUAAGCUGCUCCCUCACCUGUACCCCCCCCCCUGUUACCUGUCCUGCAGCCCGGGACGACGCCCCCCCCCAGGAACCGGACGAGAGCCUGAUAGACGAGUGCUGCCUGCUGCCCAGCCAGCUGCUGGUGCCCCCCAUGGACUGGCUGCCCGUCAACGACGGCGUCAUCACCAAGCUGCAGGGCAAGCUGCCGCUGCGCCUGCAGUUUGGGAAAGCCUCGUCUCUGCAGGGCGCCGCCGUCCCCCUGGACGUGUUCACCAGGAGUCCGGGGGCUCAGAGGAUGGACAACCUGCGCUGCAUCCACAUGGGCGUCAGCCCCACCGAGGAGAGCAAGGCGUGCACCAGGUGUGGCUGCGUGACCAUGCUGCGCUCGCCCAACAAGACCAACGCCAUGAAGCAGUGGGAGCAGCGCUGGAUCAAGAACUGUCUGUGCGGAGGCCUGUGGCGCCGGAUCCCUCCGGCCUUCUGAGCCCAAGGUUCUGGUUCUGAACCCAACAGAACCGAGCCGCUCCUGCCGGGCUGCAGCGCCCUGUCUGCUGUAAAUAAAACAUUUUUCUAAUAAAA